CAAAAAAUAUUUUUCAUUAUUCUUCAAAUUGUUGUGUUGUGUUUGGUUGUGUUGGUUGUUGAGUUUUGUUACCUAUUUAUUUUAUUUAUAAUUUGUGCUUGUAUGUAACUGCUUGCGCUGAGCAUUUUUUUUACUAUACUCUAUAUUUUAUUUGUUUAGGCCAGAAGUCGAAGUGAAUGUACUUCAGCCGUCAGUAGUUACUCUUAUCAACUCACUAAAUAAAUAAAUCUUAGAAUUGGAUACUCAAACUCAAUUACCUAUUUAAUGUAAUGAUAAUGUGAACUUCAAUGGUCCGAAUAAAUCAAAAAAUAUAAAGAGUGCAUUUCACAAAUUGUUGACUAAAAUUGACUAUUACAUGUAUAUUACAAGUAUGAAAAUAUGCAGAGCCUGUUUACUUACACAACAAGAUAUGGUUGCCCUGGAUGAGUUCUGUAUUACAAAUUACAACUUGCUGACCAAUUUACAGAUCGAAUUAGGUGAUGCAAUGCCACAAUUUUUUUGCCAAAAUUGCUUUAAUAUGAUUAAGGUGUUUGCUGACUUCAGGGAAAAGGCAGUAACAUCCGAAACAUCCUUGAGAAAAAUAACAGAGAUUGCCAAACCUGCGGACUGGUUUACUGAUGAGCAUAACAACAGUAAAAAUAUCAAAACUGAGAUUUGGCAUUCUGAUGAUGAUAGAACUGAAGCUUUUGAUAAUGCAGUAUUCUCUACUGAAGUAUUUGAUAAUGCAUCAUGUGAAAAUGAUUUAGACAUGAAAAACCAAUUAUUGAUAUGUGCGUUGUGUAAAAGAGAAUUUGUUGAUAAUGUGGUAUUUCUUGAGCAUUUAAAAGAGCAUAAAAGAGGUGGUAAAUGUAAAUUAUGCUUUGAUAAAGUGAAAAUUACCGAUUUAUAUGCCCAUAGCCAUGCUCAUACAUCUAUGACGAAUCCAGAACAUAAUUUGGAAACAGUACGAGAAAUAAAAUUAGAACCAUCAGAGUCUGAACAUUUCGAUACAAUUGCAGCAAUCAAAGGAGACACGUCUCAAUCAACAUAUGUUUCGAUUGAAAAGAAGGAAAGAAAAGCAAAACGUGCCGCAACAUUUAAAAAAGAUAAAAAAUCUAAAGUGUCAGUUAAAACUGCAGAUCAAGCCUUGCUGGCUUGUGGUCUGUGCAAGAUGCUUUUCGAUAGCCGAGAGUUGCUGCUGCAGCACCUGCGCACGCACCAGACCUCGCGCGGCUGCAGCUGUCACAUCUGCCACGAUAUCUUCGACAGCUGGCCGCAGCUGUUUGCCCACAGAAUGGCUCAUCUACCUCAGAAGCAAUGGCAGUGCCAUCUUUGCAAGUACACCAACAGUUCGCAAAUCGCUAUGGAGUUCCAUUACAAGAAUCUACAUUACGACGGUGAAGACAAAUCAUUGAAAUGUAAGCAAUGUUCUCGAUCGUACGCCACUCCCAGGAAACUGAACAAACAUGUGACGGUGGUGCACCGUGAGAAGAAAUACAUUUGCGAUUAUUGUUCUAAAGGCCACCAGACUAAACAGCACUUGGCCUCACAUAUAUUAAUCCAUAUGGAUAUAAAACCUUACGUGUGUGAUGUGUGUGGAUUCUCCUGUAAACAACAAACCGGAUUGGCGAAUCACAAAUUGAGGAAACACAACCCUAAUGCAAUAUCAUGUAAGUUGUGUAGUAGUGUGUUCGCGGACCCGGCGAAGUUCGCCAAACACAACUGCAACCCUACGAGUGUCGUGUGCCCUCACUGCGGGCAGGAGUUCAGCUCCAGAAGAAGUUUGACGCGGCACCUGCAGACGCACGAGCGCGAGGCGCGCUACGAAUGCGCGCGCUGCCCGCGCCGCUUCCGGUCGCGCGGCGCGCUGCGCGUGCACUGCGCGCGCCACGCCGGCCGCCGCGCGCACGCCUGUCUUCAUUGCGGCCAGGCCUUCUACCAUCCCUCCGUGCUCGUCAAGCAUACGAGGAUCCACACCGGAGAAAAGCCAUAUGUAUGCAAGAUUUGCCAUAAAGGAUUUACAGCGAACAACAACCUCAAAGUGCACAUGCGGGUACAUGGCGAAUAUCUUAUCGUUAAAAAGAACACGACGACGGCACAAGGACCAAAUCCAUUUCCGUAAUGUGAUUAAUUAGACGUAAGGUUAAUUAUAAUAAAAGAAAUAUUAUUUAUAA